AGUCUUUCCUCUCGUCGUUGAUCGGCGAUUUCUCAUGACAUAGUUGCGAAACAGAGGAAAUACAUGUAGCAGUAGUUUUGACUCAAUAUCUAGAUUCACUAUUAGAGAAGAGCAGCUGUAGCUCCGUGGUAGAGUGGCGGGGAUUACUGUCCCCUCGUGCUACGACAAGAAAUGUCGAGCAGAGCGUGCACCCAGUGUGGGUGUACUGACAUCGACAUUGAUCAGGCCCGGGGUGAUGCAGUCUGUACCAACUGUGGAUCUGUCCUGGAGGACCAGAUCAUUGUCUCGGAGGUGCAGUUCCAGGAAAACUCAGCAGGGGGUGCCUCAGUGAUAGGCCAAUAUGUGUCACAAGAUGGAACCAAGUCUCAGGGUCUGGGAGGCUUUCAUCAUGGCUUUGCCCGGGAGUCACGGACCAUGACGCUGCAGAACGGUAAAAAGAAAAUCCAGCAGCUUGGUGCACAGAUGAAGCUGAACCAACACUGCAUAGACACUGCAUUUAACUUCUUCAAGAUGGCUGUCACUAAAAGACUGACGCGGGGACGCAAGACCAACAAUGUCAUUGCUGCAUGCUUGUAUUUGGUGUGCAGGACGGAAGGAACACCUCAUAUGUUGCUGGACUUCAGUGAUUUGUUACAGACGAAUGUGUACUCCCUCGGUAGGACUUAUCUUGCCAUUUCAAAAGAACUGUGCAUCAACAUUCCAGCCAUAGAUCCUUGUCUGUACGUGAGCCGGUUUGCCCACAAGCUGGAGUUCGGUGACAAGACCCACGAGGUGUCUAUGACAGCCCUAAGGCUGGUGCAGAGGAUGAAGCGAGACUGGAUGCACACGGGGAGACGCCCCUCCGGCCUGUGUGGCGCAGCUAUCCUUGUGGCAGCAAGAAUGCACAAUUUCAGCCGCACUGUUCGAGAUUUGAUCAGAGUUGUCAAAGUUUGUGAAACAACAAUUAGGAAACGACUGACAGAAUUCUCCGACACAGCAUCGAGUCAGCUGACCAUUGAUGAGUUUAUCAAGAUAGACCUGGAGGAGGAACAUGACCCACCAUGCUUCACGGAGAGCAAGCGGAAGGCCAAGCUGGCCCAGCUGGAGGAGCACAACAAGUUCAGCGAUCUCACGGCGGAGGUGAGCAGCCUCCAGACGGAAAUUGAGAAGUCCCUGGAGCCGAGAAAACCAAGAGGAAUAUUUGCAUCAUACUCAAAAAUGGGAGACGACUGUGAAGAGAACGAUGAAAUAGUGGCUGCAAGUAACUACCUCGCUGAGGAGGCUGUGAAAGAUGCAACAGUGGACCUACUGAGUGAUGAAGAAGCUGGUGACGUGAAGGACAAGACCGUUAAGACAGAGGGAUGCCGUUCAGGAGUGGAAGAUGCAGUCAAGCUAGAGUCCAAAGAGAGUCUCACCCGUCGAGAAGCAUUGACAGCGAAAGGGUUAACGCCGUCUGCUGCCAGUCUGGGCAUCAAGGAGGUGGUGGAAGAAUGUAUGAAAGAGGACAGUGAUUCAGAGUCUGUGGUUGUGGGCGUGGAUGGGGAAUUGGACUUAGAAGGCAUCAAUGAUGAAGAACUUGACUGGAUGAUACUGACGGAGGAGGAGGUGCGGGUAAAGACGAUGGUGUGGAUGAAGGCCAAUGAAGACUACCUGCAGGAGCAGAAAGAGAAGGCAGAGAGGAAGAAGAGGGAGGAAGAGGAGGAGGCGCUGAAACCAGAGAAGAAGAAAAAGCGAACCUACAAGAAACGUAUCCAACAAACGGGUGAAGCAUCAAGUGCUAGAGAAGCCUUGGCUAAGAUGUUAUUAGAAAAGAAACUGUCAAACAAGAUUAACUACGAUGUUCUGAAUGAUCUUAACUGUAAGGCCAUGAAGAAUGAGUCGUCGACUAAGCCAGAUCUGGAGAUGGAGCCCCCUCCUACUACAGAUGUUCUCACCCCAACAGAAGUGAAGGUCUCCAAGUCAAUACUCAAUAGAUUUAAGAGAUCAAGUGUUAACAUUGAUGUGAAACGAGAAGCUCAAGAGGACUCUGACUCAAAGCGGGUUAAGUUCUCAGUAGAUGCAGAAGUCAAGCCGGAGGUUGUCGUAGAGAGCGGACCAAUACAGUACGAGACGAAAGACUCUGAUGGGGUGUACAUUGUUGAUGAAGAGGAGGAGGGUGAUUAUGAGGAAGACGACUAUGGCGAAGAGGAAAAUGUCAGUGCAGCCAAACUCCUUGGACAUGAUGCAGUUGGGGGCUAUGAGGAGGAACAAGAUGAAUACUAUUUGGAUGAUGACUGACAUCAAGGGAUUAGUUCUCUUCUUAUUUCUGUGAUAUGAACAAAGUGUUUAUGGUCAGCUGUAUCUGACCUGAACAAGCUGCAGGGCAAGAGAGAACCUGUUCCCAGUUCUGGCCCACAUCAUCGGACUUCCUUGUUCACUUCCCACUCCAGGGUGUGAAAACUGUCAUUGAUGUCGCCAUUAUGGGCAUCAUCUAACAAGUGUCACCAGGGAUCAGUGCAGCUAACACACAAUGACUCUGGACUGAUGCUAGAGAUGUGCAAUGUGCUGGACUCAGGCUGAGUGUUGGGUUACAAAACUACCUCACUCUUCCACGCACCCAACUGAUGCCAGGAAAUAAUCUGCAAGUGAAAACUACCACUGCCUAUCCUUACCAUACCACCAUACCAUGCCACUACUCUAUCAUACCUCUCAAGCACGACGUUAAACCCAAUUUCACCUCACCUCUAUCAUACCAUACCAUCAUACCAUGUCACUACCCUAUCAUACCAUGUCACUUCCUUGUCCGUACCACCCGUGAAGGUCUGGGUUAGAAUGUUGAUCUUCAGUAACCCAUGCUUGUCGUAGAGGCGACUAACGGGAUCGGGUGGUCAGGCUUGCUGACUUGGUUGACACAUGUCAUCUGUUCCCAAUUG